CCCUCACUCUUCAAAAACCAUUUCAACCUUUCAUCACUCUCAUUCCUCAAACCUUAAUUUCCUCAAAAAAAUUCCUUAAAAAAACAUGCAAACAAGAGAAGUAACAACAACAGGACUCAACUACAUGCUCCCAUCAAACACAUCACCCUAUCUUCAAACCUACAACAACAUUAAUCCAACAUUCCAUCUCCAAAAACUCUCAAACCAAUUAUUCAAUUACCAAAACACCCCUCAAUUUCAUCAUGACUUCAAUUAUAGUCCUCAAUCCUCAUGCAUAAGUAGCAACUCAACUUCUGAUGAAGCUGAUGAACAAAACCUAAGCCUCAUCAACGAGAGGAAACACCGAAGGAUGAUAUCGAACCGAGAAUCGGCUCGUCGAUCGCGUAUGAGGAAGCAGAAACACCUUGAUGAACUUUGGUCACAAGUUCUUUGGUUGAGGAAUGAAAAUCAUCAACUUAUAGAGAAACUUAACCAUGUUUCGGAGAAUCAUGAUCAAGUUGUUCAAGAGAAUUCUCAGCUGAAAGAAGAAGCUUUGGAACUUAGACAAAUGAUAAGAGACAUGCAGAUUCAUAGUCCUUUGAUUCCUUCUUUUAGUCCUUUGGAAGAUACUUAUCUUAGAGAUGAUUCUUCAAACAAUUCCAUCUAAGUUCUAUGGUUCUUCUUGGUUAUAAUUUGAAGAUUAUAAGGCCAAAUUUUUAUCUAUUUGGUUUGAUUUCUUUAUUUUGUGUUUAUGUUGAAGUCAAUAUUAAUAGUUUCCUACUCCUUCUUUAGCUAUAUGUAUGAGGUGAAAAUAAUAUAUAUGGAAAUAACUUGAUUUAAGCUUCUUUA